UGGUUGAGGCGAAGUGAGAGACCGACGCUCCGUCUCUCGGUGGAAAUUCUAACAAAACUGGAACCGUUAACUUGGGAUUGCCCGAGUUACAAUGGUUCAUUUCCGACCGGGGAAACAUCGCGAAACCGAACCAAACGGAGUGAAGUGAGUUCUAACCAUUCUGUAGCGAGCGUGGUGAAGCCGGCGGCCCCAUGGCGCUGAAGGAGAAGCUGGAGGCGGUGCUGAACGUGGGGCUGCGGGUCCCCAGCAUCAUGCUGCUGGACGUGCUGUACCGCUGGGACGUCAGCUCCUUCUUCCAGAAGAUCCAGCGGAGCAGCCUCAGCAACAACCCCCUCUUCCAGUACAAGUACCUGGCCCUCUACCUGCACUACGUGGGCUACAUCCUCAGCUUGGUUCUCUUGACCCUGCCCCGACAGCACCUGGUGCAGCUCUACCUGUACGUCCUCACCGCUCUGCUCCUGUUCGCCGGGCACCAGGUCUCCAGGGACUAUGUUCGCAGUGAGCUGGAUUCUGGGUAUGAGGGGCCACUCUACCUGGAGCCACUGUCCAUGAACCGCUUCACCACGGCCCUAAUAGGCCAGCUGGUGGUGUGCACCCUCUGCUCCUGCGUCAUGCAGACCAAGCAGAUCUGGCUCUUCUCGGCUCACCUGCUCCCCCUGGUGGCCCGCCUGUGCCUGGUCCCCCUCGAAACCAUAGUCUUCAUCAACCGCUUCGCCAUGAUCUUCACCGGCCUGGAGGUCCUCUACUUCCUGGCGUCCAACCUGCUGGUGCCCUACAACCUGGCCAAGACCGCCUACCGCGAGCUGGUGCAGGUGGUGGAGGUGUAUGGGCUCCUGGCACUGGGGAUGUCCCUGUGGAACCAGUUAGUCCUGCCAGUGCUGUUCAUGUGCUUCUGGCUGGUGCUGUUCGCCCUGCAGAUCUAUACCUACUUCAGCACCCGGGACCAGCCCACGUCCCGCGAGAGGCUGCUCUUCCUCUUCCUCACCAGUAUUGCAGAAUGCUGCAGCACACCCUACUCCCUGCUGGGCCUGGUGUUCACCGUGUCCUUCGUGGCGCUGGGCGUUCUCACACUCUGCAAGUUCUACCUGCAGGGAUACCGGGCUUUCAUGAACGAUAACACCAUGCACCGGGGUAUGACGGAGGGCAUCACUCUGCUGAUCCUGGCAGUGCAGACGGGUCUGAUAGAGCUGCAGGUCAUCCACAGAGCCUUCCUCCUGAGCAUCAUCCUCUUCAUCGUGGUGGCAUCCAUCCUUCAGUCCAUGCUGGAGAUCGCUGACCCCAUCGUGCUGGCACUGGGGGCCUCCAGGGACAAGAGCUUGUGGAAGCACUUCCGGGCCGUCAGCCUCUGCCUCUUCCUGCUCAUCUUCCCAGCCUACAUGGCCUACAUGAUCUGCCAGUUCUUCCACAUGGACUUCUGGCUGCUGAUCAUCAUCUCCUCCAGCAUCCUCACCUCGCUGCAGGUGCUGGGCACCCUGCUGAUCUACGUGCUCUUCAUGGUGGAGGAGUUCCGCAAGGAGCCGGUGGAGAACAUGGACGACGUCAUCUACUACGUGAACGGCACGUACCGGCUGCUGGAGUUCCUGGUGGCGCUGUGCGUGGUGGCCUACGGCGUGUCGGAGACGCUCUUCGGCGAGUGGACGGUCAUGGGCUCCACCAUCAUCUUCAUCCACUCCUACUACAACGUGUGGCUGCGCGCCCAGCUGGGCUGGCAGAGCUUCCUGCUGCGCAGAGACGCCGUCAACAAGAUCAAGAGCAUGCCCACCGCCACCUGCCAGCAGCUGCAGCAGCACAACGACAUCUGCGCCAUCUGCUACCAGGACAUGAGAUCCGCUGUAAUCACCCCCUGCGGCCACUUCUUCCACGCCGGCUGCCUGAAGAAGUGGCUCUACGUGCAGGAGACCUGCCCCCUCUGCCACAGCCAGCUGAAGAGCCAAUCACAGCCCACCCCCACAGCCAUGCCCGCCCAGGAAGUGCCCCAGCCUCCGCCGCCACCAGCCAAUCAGAACCAAGCGGAGGCGGAGCCAGCAGACCCUGAAGGGAGCGUGGAUGGCUGCGAGGGGGCUGCUGGUGAGCCUGAGACUGAACCGUGCCCUGAGCUUCCUGAUCACCCUGAGGAAGAGGACACAGAUCCCUCAGGCCCGUGUGCUGAGCCCGGGCUGAACGAUGGCCAAUCGGGUGAGGGGAGCGAGGAAGGGCAGGGUCCUUCUCUGUUAGAGUGCCAGGGGGCUUCCCGGAACAGCCAGCCACUUCUUCCACCUCCCCCCGCGUGUCCUGGGGACUGCCCCGCACCCCCGCCCGCAGGAGAGGAGUGUGUCGCCAGCCUUUCGACUGAGGUCACGGGGCCGGCCCAGCAACAUGUUGGCCAAUAAAUAACACACCCUGGGAAAAAUGCACCGUGGAAAACACGGCAACCCUCCCGUCUCUUCCCUGCACUGCCUGUAAACCCCCCCAAGCCAUGACCAUUUCCCCUACAGCGCCCCAAGGUUCGAGUCAUUUCUGAAAUGAGCAGAGCUGCUUCCAGUUCCAAUCUAAUGUGAUCAGCUGUAUGAAUGGGAAGUACUGCUGCACGUCAGUGGACACUGAGUGGAAUUGUGGGAUAGGUUUGAUUGUAGUAUGGUGCUACCUGUUAAAGUGACACAUGAUAUGCUGUCACUCCCCAGAUACAAACUGAGGUUUACUAUUUACUGUAUUUGACAAUGAAUAAAGGAUUGUUUUUGUACUGCAUACCUUGGAGGACAAGUUACGACACUAAAGCAGCUCAGAUCCACACAGAUCCAUUUCGUUGGAAGUUUUGAAGGAAGUAAGAAUAUUGCGAUACAUGAAUUACAUGCAUUAGAAUUGGUUAUUAUUGAAUCAAAGGCAGAGAUGUAGAGGAGGAAUGUGAAUGGAAGCGGAUUUUUAAAAUAUCUAUUCCUGCCCCAACCCCCCUAAAAUGCCAGUCCCUUUACUUGCUCUUCCCCUGUCUUAAGUCUCCUGUCUGUCUUCAUCCUCUCCUUGCCACUUGACUCUUGUCUUUGCCCUACAGCGCCCUCUGCUGGCUACACCAGUCUUGACCCCUCAGCCUUGUUUUUGCUGUCUGCUCGAUAUUGGAAAAAUACUUGCUAUGACUGUUACAAUAAGGACAAAGUUAAGUGGGGAGAACACAGCAGCUUAAUGGAUGUGAUGAUGUCAUGUUUAACUCCAGAGAAAAGACACAGCACUUGAUGUAGAAGCUUUAAGCACGCUUAGGGUAGCACGCUGUCACUGUCUUGUUGUAGCUGUAGAAACUUUUAUUUUCUCUUUUUGCUUUUUUGAUAUGUAGCCUAUGUGUUAUGCCACUGCAUUUGCACUAAUGUAAUUCAUAGCAAUGCUCCAAAGUCGUCUUGUCAGGUACCAAAUAUUUUGGCGUGUAUGAGGAAAACAAACUAUAUAAAUGUUUGUAUAUAUACGUACAUAUAUAUGAAAAAGGAGUUUUGAUAUAUUGAACAGUGUUACUGCUACACCAGCCAAACGUGAAGUGGACUAAAGCUUGUGUGUGCACUUUGGUGCCCUCUAUAGGUAAAAGUGUGAAAAGCUUUAGACCAUGGAUUCAGAGCUGGUGUAGGCAAAUGAAUCCUAGUAUUGAAUUUACU